AUGACAGUGCAUUCAGACAACGGCUUUGUGAUGACCAAGAACUGCUUCCACUGGAAACGCUAUGGGGGCACCAAGUUCAACAGUCGAAGAGACAGAAGCGGUGGUCUGAGACAUGGUGGCAAGGCAGAGAUAGAAGUGAGAGCAGCAGAAUUGCCGAAUCAGAUCGAUGUCGGCAUCCAUCUUAUGAUCCACAACAAUACGGACACAAUUCAUGCUAUUAAAGUAAAAUGCUCUGAUAAUGCACUGUACAGAAUAACACCUCCGUUGAGCACAGUCCAACCGACAGAAACCCUCAGAAUAAAGAUUCAUCGCACACACGCACCGAUAAAACCUGACAAAAUUAUCGUAAUGGCUAUACCGACUGUGAAAGAGGAACAGUACCUCGACGAACUUUUCAAGAGUCCAUUUGUUCCACACAGCAAGAUUUCAAUUACUCAGAGACCUAUUGCACACGAAAAUGCUAUUAAGGUUGUCGACUCUGGGGAAAACAUCUUGGCUUAUUACGCGCCGUGCGCUCCUGAAAAAGCCCUGUGCUUGAAGUUUAGUGCAGUGAAGCUGGCAUUCAAUGGUGAAGUUGGAGGAGAUCAGGUUCCGACCAGUGUUUGGUUCCGACCAGUGUUUGGUAUAAUUGAGCCGAAAGAGACUUUCCGAAUAAAAAUCACGCGUAGUCCACAUCCUAAGAAACGAGAUAAAAUGAUCGUUUGUGCUACAGUG